CGCCAUUUUUUUGUAAAUAUGUAAUAGUAAAAAUUCUCGUAAUUUAAAAUGUUAUUAUAAUAUUUCAGGUCGACAUGUUCCCGACUAAAAACAUAGUGUUUGAUUACGAGGCUAAUCAGAGGUUCUGGCCAAAAUUGGAGAGAAGUGCGACAGAAGCCAUGCAGUUCCAUCAGUCUCCACUCCAUCCAACGCCACUCAGGUUGUCCAGCUCAACCGACUCUAAUUCACCGGAGUCUUACGAAAACUCUUGCGUCUCCUCUGAAUAUAGCUUCAGAAUGUACGAACCAAGAAGAAUGUCAAUAAGCUCAUAUGAAUACAAUCCUCUUGACAAUCAAUCACCAAAAUCAAUAUUCGACACGCCUUAUGUUCGUCAACGGCCCAUACUUGGCAGAAAAAUCUUACCAGAACGGCGGAAUACUUCAAAUGAAGAUCAAAUGUGGCAGAUACCGGAACCUAGCAGGAAUUAUGAGUUAUUCCCAAUUGAAAAAACCUUUGAUCUCACUCCACCGCGAAAUCCUACACCAUUAAGUAACAUGCUAAAUUCACCACAACCUAUAAGAAAUACACCGAAAGCUUCGCCAAUAAUGAAUCCAAUCAACUUUGAUAGACCAGCGUCAUCGAUAGGUGUAGGCGAGACGAAAAUAUGUUCAUUUUGUAAGAAGAACGGUGAGCGACCAAAGGUAUACAUGACUCAUUGUGUUAAAGAGAAGGUUGGGAACAAAUUUAUCGUAACCUGCCCCGUGUUGAGAUCCCAUGUAUGUUCACAAUGUGGAGAGAGUGGGGAUAAAGCUCAUACAAUUACCUACUGUCCUGUUCUACGCACCUCUAAUAAUGGAAAGCCGCUACAGUCUACAACCAUCACUUUGAAGAAUACACGCGUUCUUAGUAAUGGUAGGAGACGUUAUUAAACUAAUAUAGUACAUUAGGGUAAUUCCGGAUGACAGGGUUAAUACAAUUAUUUUAAAUUAAUAUGUAACUAGUGAUAUAUUUAAUGAAUAUGGAUGCUUUUAUUAACAAAUCCGUUCAUUUUCAUGCUAUACCGUCACAAUACUCACAAUAAAACAAUGCUCUGAUGGGUACAUCUGGAAUUCCUUGAGUGCACUAUAUUAGAUAAUUAUUAAGCUCUGAUGUUUACGAAUUAUUAACUAUAUUCAUUUCUUUAUAAUUUAAUUUUUAAAGUUUUGACUGAAAUUUAGACGGUAAUGUUAUAUCCUGAAUUUUAUAUCAUGUUUAGAUUUUAAUUAUUAUUGCGUUUUAAACUUACCAUGCAAUAUUAAACAAAGCACAAUAUGAUCAAACCGGAAUUAUAAGCUCCUUUUCAUAUAUUUGACAUAUUAUAAUUCUGUAAAUCCAAAUCACCUUUUAAACAGGCCCAAAUUUACUGACUGAAAAAAUAAGAAAGACUAUAUUA